CCUCAAGCUUUCCAGCCCGUUACAUAUAGCUAUAUAUCACGAGGCUCUCACACUCACACUUGCAAACCACCUCCUGAACGACAGACACCACCAACACUAUACUACCCGGCCCCUCCCUCCUGAAGAAAAUGCCAGAGAACCCACAUCAUGGCAGCAGUGACCGCCUUGCCCUUGUGGGCAAGCAAGUUGAUCGUCGCCUACUCCUCCCCGUCUCUCCUGCCGCCGACGACGGCAAGGACGACAACGGCGCCGCUGCUGUCAUCAACCUCUGGGGCCAGCUAAAGAUCCCGGACCCGUUCGUCUGGUCCCACGCCGAAACGAUGGUCUCCUCGGAGAGGGAGCUGGACGCGCCGGUGGUCGACGUCGGCGCCGCCAUGCGCGGCGGCGACGACGACUGCGGCGCCGGGAUCCGCCGCGCCGCCGAGCUGGUCUCCGGGGCGUGCUCGAGCCACGGGCUCUUCCAGGUGACCGGGCACGGCCUGGACCCCGCGCUUGCCCGUGCCGCGCUCGACGGCGCCGCCGCCUUCUUCCGCCUGCCGCUCGCCACCAAGCAGCGCGCCAGCCGCGCUCCGGGGAACGUGACCGGCUACACCGCCGCGCACGCAGACCGGUUCACGGCCAAUCUUCCCUGGAAGGAGACGCUCUCCUUCGGCCACCGUGACCGCCGGACAUCCGGCAGCCAUGUUGUCGUGGACUACUUCACCUCCACGCUAGGAAGCGACUUCAAACCCUUAGGGGUGGUGUAUCAGAACUACUGCAACGCGAUGAAGGAGGUGUCGCUGGCGAUAAUGGAGGUGAUAGGGGUGAGCCUGGGGGUGGGGAGGAGCUACUACAGGGACUUCUUCGCCGACGGCAGCUCCAUCAUGAGGUGCAACUACUACCCACCGUGCCCGGAGCCGGAGAGGACGCUGGGGACGGGGCCUCACUGCGACCCGUCGGCGCUCACCGUCCUGCUGCAGGACGGCGACGUAGACGGGCUCCAGGUGCUCGUCGACGGCGAGUGGCGGACCGUGCGGCCGAGGCCCGGCGCGCUCGUCGUCAGCAUCGGGGACACAUUCAUGUCUUUGCGUGUGGUGCAUGCGUGCAGGCGCUGUCGAACGGGCGGUACCGGAGCUGCCUCCACCGCGCGGUGGUGCACCGGGAGCGGGAGCGCCGGUCGCUGGUCUUCUUCCUCUGCCCGCGCGAGGACCGCGUGGUGCGCCCGCCGCCGCGCCUCCUCCUCGCCGUCGCCGCACGCGAGCAGCAGCAGGAGCAGCCGCGGCGGAGGUACCCGGACUUCACCUGGGCGGACCUGGCGCGCUUCACGCAGCGACACUACCGCGCCGACGCCGGCACGCUCGACGCCUUCGCGCGCUGGCUCGGCGCCGCCCCCACCUGCGCCGCGGCGACGUCGGCGGCGUCCCAGAGCCCAGACAAGGCCCACGAGACAGUUUAGCUGCCUUGGCUUUGCAUUGGCUACUACCCAAGUGCUACUAGACGGAGACACGGAGUGGUGGCAGCAUCUGUGUAUAAUAAGCACGUACUACAUGCAUUAUAUUAUUAGCUGUAUUGUUCAUCUAUUUGAUGCAUCGGCUGUACUUUUUGGUAAAUGGCUUUUCAAGUUACUACCAAGUAAUUUGGAAUAAGUAUUUAAACUCUAAGACUCUAUCUCAGGCUCUUUGGAAUUGGAAAA